AGGUUUGACAAGCGGUAAAUCUUAUAAAAUCUCAAUUCAUUGUUGUUUAUAAACGUAUAAAUAUUUGUGUUUAUACUUUUCUCAAAUAUGUCGAGAGAUAUAAUAAUUUUAGCUCCAAAUGGAAGAAGAAUUAAAGUACAUUGCACUCCAGAUACUAGUUUUUUGCAGGUAUUGGAAGAUGUAUGUGAAAAGCAGGGAUAUGAAGCUGGUGAUUAUGAUUUGAAACAUCACAACCACAUAGUUGAUUUGACUACAACUAUUAGGUUUUGCAAUAUACCAAAUAAAGCAACACUUGAGAUGGUUGAGGCUGAACGGAAAAGAGUUGAAGCCAAUGUGACUGUUGGUCUGAUGUUGCAAGAUGGUGAUAGGAGGACUGCAGACUUUUCUCCCAACACAACACUCCACAGUAUAAUUGUGUCCUUGGCUGAAAAUGAAUUCUCUCAGUUGAAAAACCCCUCAGUAACAUAUAUGAGACAAGAGGUGGUAGGUGUUGCAGCUCUUAAAGAAAAAACACUGAGACAAUUAGGUUUGAUAGCUGGCCGAGCCAUACUGAGACUAUUGGAGAAAACUGAACCUAUGCAAGCUAAUGUAUCUUCAGUUUAUAGAAGUUCUAAACCAGAAAAGGAUAAAAUAGAAUUGAGAGAACAUAAAGAAGGUAAUGUUGAAACACCUAAUUAUUCUGCAAAUCUUGAAAAAGCUGAAGCCAGUGAUAAAGAAGUUGCUCACAUGGAAGUUGAUAAAAACAAAUUUGAUACAAUAACAUCAAUAAUAAAGAACGAGAAACAAAGGGUUAUCAAUAAAGAUAAUGGGAUACAUAUAAAAGAUAGUAGUUCUGAUCACACUGUUGUUAAGGAUUCAGAAAAUAAGAGCACACCUAAGGAAAAACCUGGUGUAAAAACCCAGAAACAUGAAACACAAGAGGAGUUAGAAAGGCGUCUUAGAAUUGAAGAAGAAGUGACAUUUGUUGGAUCUCAAAAAGCAAUAGCAUUCAUGCAACCAGAUGAAGCACAAGAUGAAUUGUCAGAUCUACCCGACGAUUUCUACGAGUUAAGUAUAGAGGAGGUUCGUAAAAUAUACCAUGAACUGCAGCAAAAACGAAUGGAAAUGGAAAACACGCCACUUAUGACGACGUCGAAGAGGGCAGAACUGAACAGUGAGCUGUCCCAGGAAACAUUAAAGACAUACAAAAAUGUCGUUGUCCGAGUACAAUUUCCAGACAGAAUGAUUCUGCAAGGUGUUUUCACACCGAGCGACACAAUCCAAGAUAUACAGAAUUUUGUGCGAACUCACCUGCAGGAUCCGGAUAAGCAGUUUCAAAUAUUUUCCACACCGCUUAAGAAGAGUUUAGAUCCAAAAACAACAUUAUUAGAAGCGAAAUUUGUGCCUUGUGUUCAUAUGCAUUUUAGAUGGCUAGAAGAAAAUUCUGGAAGUCAAUAUUUAAAACAAGAAAUAUAUUCACGAAAAACGUCGAGUGACGCGGCCAGUAUUUUAGCAUCGAAAUACAGGGCGCCCAGUCGUCGAAAACUAGAUGAUAACACUGGAAGUUCACAAGCAACAUCGUCCUCAUCAAAACAGAGCAAAGUGCCAAAGUGGUUUAAAAAAUAAGAAUUUUAUAAGUUUAUUUAUAAUAAAGUUACUAUGCAAUACUA